AUGCCGGCCGCUUCCCUGCAGCCUUGCCCAGUCAACUUCUACGCCAACAUGCCAUGCCCGGAGGGCACCCGCGCCGCUGUGCUUGGCUCCAAGGAGUGCAAGGCGGUUGUGGUGACGCCGUGCAAGGCGGGCGAGUUCUCAGCGACUGGCAAGACGCCCAGCCAGAAGUGCCCCCCAGGCUUGUUUGCUGCCAGCGCCGGGUCAACACAGUGCUACGCCUGCCCACCUGGGUAUGCCAGCAAGGCCGGCUCGGUCGCCUGCACCCCAUGUGCUGCGGGGCGCUAUAACGAAAUGAUGGGCCAAGCCGAGUGCAAGGCAUGCCCGCUGGGCUACUUCUCUGCCGCCGCUGGUGCCACGAGCUGCGAGCCAUGCCCGGAGGGGACCAGCGCCGACACAGUGGGCUCAAUGGAGUGCAAGAACAAGACAACCACGCUCUGCAAGAAGGGGGAGUUCUCAGCCAGCGGCAAAUCGCCCUGCCAGAAGUGCGCCGCUGGCACCUUUGCGCCGGCCACAGGCUCCACAGUGUACCCGUGGGUGGCCUCCUUGAGGGUAGAUGACGGCGUGGGGGAGUGGCACUUCUGCGCCGGCACCCUCAUCGCUCCGUCCGUCAUCAUGACUGCCGCCAGCUGUGUGGUGGACCCCAACACCGGCAGCACGCUAGACGACAAAAUCAAGCUCCCGCUGGUGCGGAUCGGGGGCUACCGACGCCGCGGCGACGCGCCUGGCGACUAUGACCAGCGCAAGGUGACCCGGGUGGUGGUGCAUCCCGACUUUUCAUGGGGCUUUCUGGAAGACACACCCGACAACGACAUCGCCCUGAUGCUGCUGGAUGCGCCCUCCACGCGCCGCCCCAUCGCCCUGCCCAGGCACACGGCUAAGCCACAGUUGCCGGUGAGGGUUGGGGACGAUCUGUGGGCAUUGGGGUGGGACUGGACGCCUCGCUCAGAGCUCCAAGAAUUGCAGCAGACGCGGCUGCGCAUGCUGCCGCUGUCCGACUGCCAGCGGCUGCAGAGGGGCGCCGGGGAUGGCGGCAGCGAGCUGGAGGUGGGCCAGCAAGGGCCCGACUUCCUUUCCAACAGCAUGCUGUGUGAUGUGGAUGCGGCCAACGGGCCUGUUGCGCCCCUAGUUGGCCCCUGCUUUGGUGAUGGCGGCGCCGCGCACUUUGUCAAGGGGCAGAGGCCCGGCGAGGAUGUGCAGAUAGGCAUCGAGGCGUGGAACCCUGAGCCGUGCGGCCCCGCAGCAGGCGCCAUCACCAGUGUGGCGUCCCUGCGGCCCUGGAUCGAUGCCACAGUCGACUUGCUGGCCCAGGCAGCAGGCAGGGAUGCCGUCGCAGCAGCAGCCCGCCAGGCCCGCCAGGCCGCUGCCGUGCAGCCGCUGCCUCGACGCGCCUUUGGCGGCGGCACGCUGUUUGGCAGCAAGAGCAUGUCAGUAUGA